GAUAGAGACGAUCGAUGUGCCAACCAGCGCUUUCCACCUGGACUCGAGGCUGGAGAAGUGUUGAUGCUAUUCAGCAAACUCUUUAGAGGCACCACCGUCGCCUGCAACCAGUCAGCAGUCAGUAGGAUAGCCCUCACUUGAAGAAUUUGCGCGUCGUCGGCAAGUGUUUGUCAGCAUGCCCAAGUUUAACGCCAAAGAGGUGGAUCUACCUCCGUUCGAGAUCACCCCCGAACGCAGGGUGGCUCUGCUUGCCGAGGUGGAUGCAGUCGUGCAAAACACGCUCGAACUGCGCAGUGCCUUUGCAGCGGGCGGACGUCAACUUGACACGUCCGCCUGGAAGCUCGUCAAAACCAUGGACGACGUCCGCGCGUACCGUUCGCGUCGCGCGCUGCACGGCGUCGCGGAGCACACGGAUUCACGGGCCGAUACGGCCGACGUGGUCUCUAGAUCUUCGUCCUCAAACUCCAGCUCGCAGCGUUCAACCAUGGACAAGAUUGCCAGCCUCGUGUCGUCCACCUCAUCAGGUAGCGAAAACCAGUACCGCAAACAGAAGAAGUCGGCCCGACCGCCCGCCGUCGUCAUCUCCGGCGUCAUUGACGGAACGGCGGAGGACGCGGCGUUGGGUAUGCUGGCCGACACGGAGAUGAACGCCAAGAUGCGCGAGUCGUACCUGGGCACGGAGCUGGAAGACGCGCGUCUUCUUGCGGUGCUGGUGCGCCCGACACCCCAGGACCCACUCAACUUCAUCGGCCUCAAGUGGGGGUUGCAGUCGUACGGCCGUUUCAGUCAGGCCCGCGACUUCGUGUUCCUCGAGGGAUCCGGUCUCACGACGGACGCCAAGGGCGAGGUCGUGGCGUACGGCAUCCGUCAGUCCGUCGAUGUAUCCGACUUCAUCAAUCUACCGCGCCCGCCGAACACCAUCCGUGGCAACAUGUCCGGCUGCCAGACGUUCGGUAACAUGACGCAGACGAGUACGUCACGCCACAGCACGGUCGAGAUGUUCUCGCGUGCGUUCCUCGAGAUGGACGGCGACCUGCCUGUCAACGUGGCGGCGGCCGCGUACGCGGAGAAGCUCAUGGCCCUUGCCACCAGUAUGGAGUGCGCCAACGGUCACAAGCUCACGUGGAUGAUGAAGCAGGCCACGCGACAGGUGCGCCCCGGCACCGGCAGCGUGCUGGGCCGCAUGACGACGACCAGCCACUGCGCCAACUGCACGCGCAGCCUGAGCAAGUUCAGCACGUUGGUGUUGCAGCGUGGCGGCACGUGCCAAAUCUGCCGUCGCGUGCUCUGUAGCAAGUGCUCAGUGAGCAAGAAGAUCUGCGUGGGUCUUGGCAGUGAAGUACUGCAGAAGUCGAUGCUCUUCUGUCUCUCGUGUUUGCUGGAGGCCAAGUCGCUUCCUGCACGGAAUGUGGCCAUCGACAAGCUCAACUGGUAGACUCGUGGCUAAGGCGUGGAGCUCUUGUGUAGAUAGAUAUUGAAUUUAUGCAAAUGAGUAUUAGUUCCAUUUGAUUGCCGUGC